AGACCUGAAGCCCCCAAUGGGGCCCCUCUCCCCUUGCCGGGUGUGGGUGGGUGCAGUGGAUGAGAAACCGGUGAACGGCGGGAGCUGCAGCUGGAUGGAGCCCCCAAAGGGACGAUAUGCCGUCAAGGAACUCUCUUCUGUGUGUUCAUGUGCUUGUACAGUAUUAUGUGGCGUAUAUGCGGCGUGUACUUGGCCCUGCCUUGGAAGAGAGAAGGUUAGUCAGUGUUGCUACCUACUGUACCUAUCGUGUAACACCAACUACCUACAUACUAGCAGUAGUCCCCCUUUCCUUGGUGUGGAUGUCCAUUACACAGACCAGACAUGCAUACCGCGCGUUAGUUUCGUAUUCCAAUGUAUUGCGUGAGGCGAGAGAGGACGAGGCCCAAAGUCAGAUGGCUACAGGGAUUCGUGCGAUGUAUCUUUUAGAUUUGGGGCUCUUGUGUGUAUAAGAGAAAGCAGCUCGCCACCUCUUUCCAUCAUUCCUCCUCUUCUCUCUCCAUGACCA